UCUCAGACGGGGCUGGUGUUGGUUUCCAUCACACCGCGCCGCCUUCUCGCCUCGGCUCCUCGUCAGGUUCGAUCCGGCUCGACCCGCCUUUCUUCCGCAGGCCUGACUCGGUCCGCCUGGAUGACUGACGGGUUGGUUUCUGGCGUUCCCCAGGGUUUUGUUUUUCCUUUUCUACUGACUGCCGCGCCGUUCUAGAUGUGAACAUGUCGGGAAUUAAUGGCGACCAGCUGCACCGCUCCACCUUGGGGAUUUACUCGAGUUUGACUGAUGAGCUCAACCCCAGUCUACAGAAACUGGUUUCACUGGGAAACCACUUUGCCCGGGCCUUCAGAGACCUUGUUGUCAGCAGCGAGGCUUACUUCACGGCGCUUUCAAAGAUCGGAGAGAGAGCUUUCUACUCCUCGUCGUCCCACUCCCUGGGAGAUGUCCUGAUCCAGAUCGCCGACAACCAGCGGAGACUCACCUCAGAGCUGGAGGGAGUGUUCCGCAACUUCAGUGUGGAAGUCCUGCAGGUGAUGGAGAGCAGCGUUCAGAUGGACUUCGACUACAUCUCAAUGUCAGGGCCUCUCCUGCAGAAAACCGAUGUCUGGACGGAGGAGGUCGACGCCACCAGGCGAGCUGAGCUCCAGCGACCSGCUGCUGUGGACAAUACUGUGACGGAGGAUAAGGAGGUGAAAGAAAACCAGAAACAAGUCAACACARACUCCCAUAUGUCAGGGCCUCUCCUGCAGAAAACCGAUGUCUGGACGGAGGAGGUCGACGCCACCAGGCGAGCUGAGCUCCAGCGACCSGCUGCUGUGGACAAUACUGGAGGGAUGAGGGCGGAGGACGUCAGACAGAUCCGAGAGGAGAUGACUCUGGGCAAGAUACCGUCAAGGGCGCCGUCCCCGGUGGGAAGCGUUUAUCGCUCCAAAGGCGGCGGUGGAGGAACUGUGUCCAUGAGGGCCAAGGCGGCGCACCAGCCCUCCAUCCCCAAYCCCACCCUGCUGCCCUUCUCCAAGGGGCAGAUCAUCACCGUGAAGGCCCAGCAGCCCCGRAACGGCUGGCUCUACGGAUACGCCGAGAACGGCUCAGGUCAGGGGUGGUUUCCAGCCUCCUACGUGGAAGAGCUUGAUGAUCCUCCGAUGUCGUCCAGCUCCUGGAACUACAGUCUUCGGAGCAGCAACAGCAUGAGCGACAUGCUGGACCAACCAGGAGUGAGCAGCAGCAGCAGGACCAGCAGCACCAUGAGCAGCGUGUUCGACCUGCCGAAACCCAACAGCAGCAGCAGCAGGAGUGGAGCCCCACCUCCUCCGCCUCCUCCACCCACGCAAUCCUCAUCUGGGCACUGUGGCAGAGUUCUGUUCUCAAUGACUCCUCAGCCUUCGUUCUGGUGGACGCAGGGCGGAAGCUCCAGCUGCUGACGACAAGUCGCAGUCAGAGAGAUCGCAGAACGAACUCUUCCCGAGGUAAGAGCAACAGCCGCAGCCUGUUAAAACGAAGCCAAUUCAUG